AUGUUAACUAGUGUCCCAAUUGGUCCUAAAAUUGACGGCGAAACUCAAGUUCACCGUUCGGUUCUUUCACCUGAUAAACUUGUUACAGAACCUUCUAAUGAUAUUCAUACACUCUAUGAUGUAUUCCAAGAUUGUGUGAGGACUUCUAAAACUAAAAAUGCUUUUGGUUUUCGAAAAAUUGAUAAAAUAAUUGAAGAAGAAAAAGAAGUAACAAAGAUAGUGGGUGGUGAAUCGAUUAAAGAAAAGAAAACUUGGAAAUAUUUUCAAUUGUCUGGUUAUGAAUAUUUGAAUUUUUCACAAGCAAAUGAAAUUGUAAAAAAUAUUGGAGCGGGUUUGGUAAAAUUAGGCUUGAAUAAGAAUGCCAAACUUGCGCUUUACACUUUCACAAAUAUUAAUUGGAUGCUCGUAUCUCAUGGUUGUUAUACACAAAGCAUUACCAUUACAACUGCUUACGAUACAUUAGGAGAAGAAAACAUUAUUUUUUCUAUGAAUGAAACUGAAGUUAAGGCAAUUUUCACCCAUUCCAGCCUUCUUCCCACUUUAAAAAAGGUUGCGGGUGACAUUCAUAGCCUUGAACACGUGAUCUACGAUGGUGAUCUUGAAGAAAGUGACUUGAAGAAAUUUACAGAUGCUCAUCCAGAAAUAAAGUUAAUCACCUUGGAAGAACUUAAACAAUUGGGAAAAGAGAAUCCAUUGGAAGAUAAUCCUCCAAAAUCACAAGAUUUGUGUUGUAUUAUGUAUACCUCAGGAAGUACGGGAAGACCAAAAGGUGUUAAAAUUACUCACGCGAAUGUUGUUUCUGCAAUCGCAGGAGCAAAAGUGAAAUUUGGACCGUUCGUCGUUCCUGAUGACACAUAUUUAGCAUAUUUACCAUUCGCCCACAUUUUAGAAUUUGUCAUCGAAAAUGCUUUUAUGUACUUGGGUAUGACUAUAGGCUACGGAACUCCUAAAACGUUAUCCACUGCUUCUGUACGUAAUUGUUUGGGUGAUAUCCAAGAACUUAAACCCUCCAUCAUGGGAGGAGUUCCCGCAGUUUUUGAGAUGAUUAAGAAAGUUUUCUUUUCGCAUCGAAUGACAGAUAUCUUAACAAAAAUUAAUGCUGCCAGCAUGCCAAAACAAAGAAUGUUCUAUGGAGCAUUUAAUGCCAAAAAAUUCAUGAAAAAUUAUGGAUUGCCUGCAGGAAUUUUUGAUAUGUUAAUUUUUAAAAAAGUUAAACAACAAUUCGGUGGACGAUUAAGAUUAAUAUUUUCUGGUGGUGCACCAAUAUUUACCGAAACUCACGAAUUUCUAUCAACUGUUUUGUGUCCUAUGAUGGUUGGUUACGGUUUGACCGAAACUAGCAGUUCUGCUACUUUGUUGCCUCCAUCAGAAAUUAGUAGGGACACUUGGGGAAUAAUCGGUUCACUUUUACCAUCUAUAGAAAUGAAAUUAGUCGAUGCUCCUGAAUCUGGUUAUCUUUCAUCCAAUAAACCUAAUCCUCAAGGUGAAAUAUGGCUAAGAGGUGGGCCAGUUUCUCCGGGUUACUAUAAAAAUGAGAAACUAACCAAAGAGUCAUUUACUGAAGAUGGAUGGUUUAAAACUGGGGAUAUUGGUGAAUUCCUUAAAAGUGGAUCAGUGUCUAUAAUAGAUCGUAAAAAGAAUUUAGUGAAAAUGGCUCACGGUGAAUAUAUUGCAAUAGAAAAACUUGAGUCAGUUUAUAAAUCUACAAUGUUUGUAGGAAAUGUUUGUAUAUUUGCCGAUUCUUUUCAAGCCCGUCCUGUGGCAGCAAUCUUGCCAGUAGAAGCAAGAGUUUUGGAUUUAGCCAAAGAUAUGAGAAUAGAAGGAGGAUUUGAAGAGUUAUGUAAGAAUGCAGAAAUUAAGAAAGCGAUUUUGACAGCAUGCAAUGAACAAGGGAAACGAGCGAAUUUCAAACCAGUAGAAUUUUUGGCAGAUAUUAUUUUAUUACCCGAUGAAUGGACUCCCGAAAAUGGUCUUUUGACAGCAGCAAAUAAAAUUGUGCGAAUAGAAAUUAAAAAGAAAUAUGAAGAGCAAAUUAAACUUUUGUAUGCUGCUAAUACCCCAAAAUAA